AUGACUGCCUAUCAGGCUCCCGCCGUCGCCUACAUCGCCGAUCAGCUCUCCCAACUGACCCCGCGUAACCUGACCCAGGUGGUGCGUGGUCUCCUGCUGGCACAUAUCCUUAUUGAAAUGAUCCAGUCGAAGGUCUCACCCCCGGAUGAAAAACCAGCCGACCGAUUUGUCCGUAUGCAACGCCUAAAGGGCAUCUUUGUGCCCGAACUGAUCCAGUUUCUCAGUCGGCUCUGGGCCACUGUGAAGAUAUCCCCUGAUUCUCCCGGUUUACUGCAUCUUGAUAAACCCAUGUGUUCUGUUGAGGAGUAA